UGGUAAUGGUGAUUUUUGGACUAUAAAUUUGCCUGUUACAUUGGAUAAUAGAAAAACGUUUUCAAAUAAUUAUAAAUUACAGAAACAAUUAUCAAAUGAACUUAAUUCAUCAAUAAUAAGAAACGAAUAUUUUAAAAUUGCUAGUACUACUACUACUACUAAUACUACUGAUAGUAAUAGUAAUAAUAAUAAUGACAAUAAUAGGAAUAAUAGUAAUAAUGAUGGUAAAAUUCGAGGAUUUGAUAGAAUACAUGAAGAGCUUAAAGAAAAUCAAAAAGGAUUUAUUAUGAAUAAAACAAAUAGAACACAUAAAGAUUUUAGUUUACCUUUAUGGAAUGAUGAAAUAACUGAUGAAGAAUUAUUAAUAUUAUCAACGGAUUAUGACAAAAAUCAAUUAUGUUGGACAUUAACACCAAGUCAACCAAUAAUGACAUCUUCUUUGAAUUAUCAUAAAUUAGAUGAAAAUGUCAAAUAUUUAAAUGAUACAGGAAAUAUUCCCAAUUAUAGUGUUAUAUAUGAAAGUGGUAAUUUUAAAUGUACUCCAAAUGGUAAUACAAAAAACAUAUCAGGUCAAUUAAUAAAAGAUAAUUUUAUAACUGAAAACACUGUUGAUUCAUUUAUACAACCAUUAAAUUCAUCACAAAAUUUAUCAUCAACAUUCCAUCCAUUUGUUUCUGUAUCCAAUACAAAUAACAUAUGUAAAACAUCAAUACAGAAUUCAACACGAGCACAGUUUCCUAAUCUGUGUGUUCAACCAAUGAAAGAUAUUGAUUUUAGUUUCACACCUAAUUUGUCUACACAAAGUUUUAUUAAACAUUAUCCUGUUUCUAAUGAAAAACCAUAUAUUACACCAAAUGAUUCAUUUAUAGAGAAUUCAAUGUCCUUUCCAUUUAUGCCCAAGAUGGUAACAACAAGUAACGAUGCUAUAAAAGGUUGUCAUAAAGACUUCUAUAAAAACGCAAUGAAUCAGAAACCAUUAUGUACUGGAUAUAACUCAUCUUUCAGUAGUCAAUCAAUUAGACCCCUAAUCUCGAACUACACAUCGACAAACAUCCCCCGAGAUUCUGAUAAUAAACAUGAUGAUAAUGGAUUGUUAUUUACGUCACAUAUCAGUCAAGAUGGAAGCUAUUUAACUGGUUGUUUGUCCAAAAAUUCCAUGGAUCAUCAAUCCUCUGUUAAAGGUUUGUAUGAUAAUUCAAACACGCUUAAUCAAACACAACAUUCUAGAUUAUUAGACAGACAUACUAAUUCACAGUUAAAUAAUUAUCCUUUAAGUCAGGCAAACAAUUAUACAAGUCUGUCUACAUUUAAAACAGCGUCACGUGACUUUUCCUAUACAUUGCCAUCGACUAACAAUGACUUUAAUCAUUCAAUUUUUAUUACUCCUGAAAAUCCAUCUGAGAAAUGUUACAUGGAAGAGCAAAAUGAUAUCCACUCAAAAUUAGGCCAUCUUCAAACAAACUUUAACACGUUGUCAUCCUCACCAUUGUGUAAUCUGUAUAAAAAAUGUAAAGACAAAACAGACAGUUUACCACCUAUAUUAUUUGAAGAAAAACUUAAUUCAAAUGAAAUGACAUUCAAUAAUCAACCGAUAACAUAUCAUCAUGUUAAAAGUCCUGAUUUUAAGCCUAUAGACUAUUCAAAAUUGUUUUCAUAUUCUUGUCAACAAAAUCCUUUCAUCUUGAAUAAACAUGAGUUAAACGAGUCUAAACUAUCCUCAACAAAUUUUAAGUGCCCUACAAAUAGCAAACUUAGUAAUGAUAAUCCUAAAAAACUGGAUGACCAAAACCUUCAGAAUCUAGAAAUGAAUACAGUAAAAAAUUCCCAACCUAAUGAGAAAUUUUCUAGCAAACCGUCUAAUCUUGUACAACAGUCAAACUAUUCGGAAAGUUUCAAAGCAAAAUUGAAUGGUAAUAUUAAUAGUUUAUUUCGUCCGUUACAAAGAUCUCCAGCUGUUGUUGGAGUGAGUGAUCUACUGAUAAAAUCAGAUGCUGAAUUAAGUAGUAUAUUAGAAAAAGUGAAAAAUGGACAACAGAGUAAUUGUUCUAUAUCAGAUUCGCAAGGAGUAUUGAAUCAGACUAUUAGUAAUGAUGAUUCUAGUUCAGAUAAAAACACAAGAAAUGGAGGGGCAAAUAGUAAUUCUUAUCAUGAUGAUUUAUCUCCGGCACGUAGGAGAUUUUUUCCACAAUAUUUGAGUCGUGAUGUUAAGUUGAAUAAUUCAACAGGGAUUUAUUGUCAAAACAAUGAUGAUAUGGAAGAGAAAAGAAGUUUUUAUGAUUAUGGUUGUGAUGAUGAAGAGGAUGAGGACAAAUUAGAUGAUGAUGAAGGAAACGAUGAUAAUAGUUAUCCAUGCCAAGAUGAUAUUCAUGUACAGAAUAAAAAAAUUUACAAUGAUCAAAAUUUAACAUAUUCAAACUAUGUCGAUAAGAAUAAUUCUAGUGUAAUACAAAGAAUACGUGAUCUAGAAUUACAGAAUCAAUCGUAUCGCUGGGAGGAUGACUGUUCACAUUCCACAGAUAAAUAUAAUUCUUCAAGUAAAAACACUAACAAUAAUCUAACUAACUAUGGUAUUAACAACACUAUUAAUGAGAGACAGUUAGCAAGAAAUGAAAUUAGAACUGGUAACAUAAAUAAUGAUAAGGAAGUGCUUAGUAGUUAUGAAUGCGAAGAUAAUGAUGUGCCAUAUAUUGACAGUGAUUCGCUUGUGCUUGAAUAUACUCAUCUAAAAGAUUUCCUUCCUAGAAUAGCCGACUUGGAAGAAAUCACAUUGAGUUCAAGGAGAAAUUCAGUAGGAAGUAGUCCAUGGUUAGGUUUCUGUCAAAUGGAUAAUCAUAAAUUUGAUCAAAAUCAAUCAAUUAAUGAAUUGGUUCCAAGUAAAGUAACAGUAGAACAUGAUAAACAUGGACAUGCACCGAUAAGACGAAGACGUGAUUAUCAUAGUUAUGACAGUUCAACACAAUGUAGAAAUAAAAGACGACAAAAAAUGUGGUUUCAAAAAUUAUGCGGUUGUGUUCAAGCAUCAAGAUCUCAUUGAAACUAACAUAUUUGUUUAUUCUUAAAUCUGUCAUUUUUUUUCUUGUUUUUCUACAUUUAUUUAUAUGAAGUAAGAGAAAAAAACAUUCAUUUUUCUCCUUUUUUCUCUCUAAAUAUCAAGAAAAUUAUCAUUUUUACUUCUUUUUUUAUUGAUUAUUGAUGUAAAUGUUUUGUAUUUUCUGUUUCCUAUACUUUGUUCUGUACAUAAUAUUCAUUUAUUAUUACCAUGGCUGUAUGCUAUUUGUAAUGUAUAUUGGCGAUAUUUAAGUAUGUAUGUUUUGCAUCCAUUUGAAUAAUAUAUUUAUUAUUUCAUAUGCUCAUUCAUAUACAAAAUCACUCAUAUACUUACUUGAUUAAGUUGUAAUUCAUACAUACAUACACACAUACAUAGAAACAUAAAUAGAAACAUACAUGCAUACAUACAAACAUACAUAUAAACAUACAUACACAUACAGACAUACAGAUAAACAAUAAUAUUUUUUUGUUUUCAUUAUCUGACUUUCUUUUCCAUGGGAUCAACUUGUUUUUCGAACACUGGCUAAUAUUUAGUCAAUGAACUCAGGUAAGUACAGAAUAUUACAAAACAAAAUACAUGAUAAAUUACAAAUACAUAUACACAUACACAACAAUAUACACAAAAGAAUUAUAUUCAUAAAAUACAUUCUUCGAAUGUACUUGCCUAUUUCGAUAUUUUCUCCCAUUUUUCUAAAAAAAAAUUUAUUUAUUUCAAUUUGAAUGAAAGUCAGAUGAAUUCGAAAAUUUUGUGCAAUUUUGAUUUUGUUUAUUAUUUCUUUCCCAGAAACAAAAAAAUACUGUAAUUCCUCUCUCUUUUUCCUUUUUUUAAUUUCUCUUUUGAUUUGGUGUUUAUGAAUCCAACUUUUUUUGAUUUCAUUGAUUUCAUUAACAUUGUAAAAAAAGAAAGGUAAAUGUGAUGUAAUUGAUACUAAUAACAGAUGAUUAAACUUCAUUUGUUCAUUUA